CGAGAGACCCAGACGGCCACCAAACCAUGAAAUCUCAGUUUUCUUGCUUUCCAUAUUCAAAGUUUUAAAGAGCUUGUCGCACUCUCUUCUCCACGUUCACAAAUUUUAUUUUACUCUCUUCUCCUUCUCUUAUCUGCUUCUCGUUUCGCUUCGCUUUGCUUUUGACUCACAUUAAUAUCAUAUAACGUGGAGAGUCGCAUCGUGCUUUCCUUGCCUUGCGCCGGUGGCCGUCGCCGAGAAGACAUGUUAAGGUCUCGUCGAGUUUUGUUCGGAUCGUGAGUCAUUCUGUUUAGCCUCCAAACAUGAAGAGUGAUGUUAAGUAGUUCAGACUUGACGGAUUUAGCGAGCUAGUUUUACCAAAAAAAAAAAAGGAAGGAAAUAGACUGUGGCACCAGCAAUGGCGUCGGCUAUAGCUGGAGAUGAUUUGGCCAGAUCAUCGACAGGAAGCAGGCGGAGCUUUGGCAGCCGCCGGAGCUGGACUCAGCCGGACGUUUUUAACCAGAGUAUGAGGCGGGAAGAGGACGAGGAGGAGCUCCGAUGGGCCGCCAUCGAGAGGUUGCCGUCAUUUGAGCGGAUGAGGAAGGGGAUGCUGAGACAGGUGCUUGAUAAUGGAAAAGUUAUUCAAAGUGAGGUGGAUGUAAGGAAUCUUAGAAUGCAGGAUAAGAAACAGUUGAUGGAGAGCAUAUUCAAGGAUGCUGAGGAUGAUAGCGAGAAGUUUCUUACGAGACUUAGGGACAGAAUUGAUAGGGUCAGGAUUCAGAUCCCAAAGGUUGAAGUCCGGUUUGAGCACUUAUCAGUGGAAGGAGAAGUGCAUAUAGGGAGCAGAGCUCUUCCUACUCUGCUUAAUGCUACUCUAAACACAAUAGAGAACAUUUUUCGAUUGAUUCGACUUGCUCCAUCAAAGAAGAGAAAAAUCCAAAUUCUUCAAGAUAUCAGUGGAAUUGCCAGACCAUCGAGGAUGACCCUGCUACUUGGUCCUCCAGGUGCAGGGAAAACAACAUUGUUGCAGGCACUUGCUGGAAAACUUGAUACGGAUCUAAGGAAAACUGGGAAAAUCACCUAUUGUGGUCACGAAUUGCAUGAGUUUGUUCCUCAGAGAACUUGUGCUUAUAUUAGUCAACAUGAUCUUCACAAUGGAGAGAUGACAGUGAGAGAAACAUUUGAUUUCUCUGGACGCUGCUUGGGUGUGGGCACAAGAUAUGAAAUGCUGGUAGAACUUUCGAGAAGAGAGAAGGAUGCAGGAAUUAAGCCAGAUCCUGAGAUUGAUGCAUUCAUGAAAGCCACAGCAGUGUCAGGCCAAAAAACUAGUUUGGUUACUGAUUACGUUCUCAAGAUACUUGGAUUGGAUAUUUGUGCGGAUAUUAUUGUUGGGAAUGAGAUGCGUAGAGGUAUUUCUGGGGGAGAAAAGAAGCGUGUGACCACUGGAGAAAUGCUGGUGGGUCCAGCAAAGGUCCUUUUAAUGGAUGAAAUAUCAACAGGAUUGGACAGUUCCACCACUUUUCAGAUAUGUAGGUUCAUGAGGCAAAUGGUUCAUAUUAUGGAUAUAACCAUGAUCAUUUCUCUCCUGCAGCCAGCACCGGAGACCUUUGAACUCUUUGAUGAUAUUAUCCUACUUUCAGAAGGUCAGAUUGUCUAUCAAGGUCCACGUGAAAAUGUCCUUGAAUUCUUUGAAUACAUGGGUUUCAAGUGCCCUGAAAGGAAAGGAGUUGCUGACUUUCUGCAAGAAGUAACUUCCAAGAAGGACCAAGAACAAUAUUGGAACAAAAAGGAUCAACCUUAUAGAUUUAUCUCAGUUCCUGAAUUUGUGCAGGGCUUCGGCUCUUUCCGCAUUGGCCAACAACUUGCAUCAGAUCUUAGCGUUCCUUAUGAUAAAUCAAGAGCUCAUCGUGCUGCACUGGUAACGGACAAGUUUGGCAUUUCAUAUUGGGAACUGUUCAGAGCAUGCUUCUCAAGAGAGUGGCUGCUGAUGAAGCGAAACUCCUUUGUGUAUAUAUUCAAAACAACCCAGAUAACAAUCAUGUCAGUAAUUGGUUUUACAGUGUUCCUGAGGACAAAAAUGGAAGUGGGUACUGUUGCAGAUGGACAAAAAUUCUUUGGAGCGAUGUUUUUCAGCCUAAUCAAUGUAAUGUUUAAUGGGAUGGCAGAACUUGCAUUGACAGUUUUCAGGCUUCCUGUCUUCUUCAAACAGAGGGACUUCUUGUUCUAUCCUGCAUGGGCCUUUGGCUUACCUAUAUGGGUCCUUAGAAUGCCCUUAUCAUUCCUGGAAUCAGCGAUAUGGAUUGUACUAACAUACUAUACAAUUGGUUUUGCUCCUGGUGCUAGAAGAUUCUUCAGACAGUUCCUGGCAUUUUUUGGUAUACAUCAGAUGGCUCUUUCCCUCUUUCGUUUCAUUGCUGCGAUUGGAAGAACACAAGUUGUGGCAAACACACUUGGUAGCUUCACCUUGCUUUUGGUUUUCGUGCUUGGAGGAUUCAUUGUUGCCAAAAAUGAUAUUGCACCCUGGAUGAUUUGGGGCUAUUAUGCUUCUCCUAUGAUGUAUGGACAGAAUGCCGUUGUCAUGAAUGAAUUCCUAGAUAAAAGAUGGAGCGCACCCAAUCCAGAUCCCAGGAUUGAUGCACCUACAGUUGGUAAAGUCCUUUUGAAGUCUAGAGGCUUUUUUACUGAUGACUACUGGUUUUGGAUUUGCAUUGGAGCACUAUUUGCGUUUUCGCUUCUGUACAACAUUUUAUUUAUUGCCGCAUUGAGUUACUUAAAUCCACUGAGCGAUUCAAAAACUGUCAUUAUUAUCGAUGAAGAUAACAAGGAGAAGUCACAAACUGGAAAACAUCGGACAGAAGGUAUUGAUAUGGCAGCUAGAAAUUCUUCAGGCGUUGGUGCUGUCGGUAGUUCAUCCAGAAGAGGAAUGGUUUUGCCCUUCCAGCCCCUAUCACUUGCUUUCAACCAUGUUAACUACUAUGUGGAUAUGCCUACUGAAAUGAAGAAUGAAGGAGUUCAAGAGAAGCGACUUCAAUUGCUACGAGAUGCUAGUGGUGCCUUCAGACCAGGUAUAUUAACAGCACUAGUGGGUGUGAGUGGUGCUGGGAAGACUACGUUGAUGGAUGUCUUAGCUGGAAGAAAGACAAGUGGGUACAUUGAAGGAAGUAUUACCAUCGCUGGUUACCCAAAGAACCAAGCAACAUUUGCUCGUGUCAGUGGUUAUUGUGAACAAAAUGACAUUCAUUCACCACAUGUUACUGUUUACGAAUCUCUCUUAUAUUCUGCCUGGCUUCGCCUUUCUAAAGAUGUAGAAACAAAAACAAGAAAGAUGUUCGUCGAAGAAGUUGUGGAGUUAGUUGAGCUAAAUCCGAUAAGAGAUGCUCUAGUUGGACUUCCAGGAGUAGAUGGUCUAUCAACAGAACAAAGGAAGAGGUUGACAAUAGCUGUAGAGUUGGUUGCUAAUCCCUCCAUCAUCUUCAUGGAUGAGCCAACUUCUGGCCUUGAUGCCAGAGCUGCUGCCAUUGUUAUGCGUACUGUGAGAAACACUGUGGAUACAGGGAGAACUGUUGUAUGCACAAUUCACCAGCCAAGCAUUGACAUUUUUGAGGCUUUUGAUGAGCUAGUUUUGAUGAAAAGAGGUGGUCAAAUCAUUUAUGCUGGACCCCUUGGCCACCAUUCUAACAAGCUCAUAGAAUAUUUCGAGGCUGUCCCUGGAGUUCCUAAGAUCAAGGAUGGAUAUAACCCUGCAACAUGGAUGCUUGAUAUCAGUACUUCUUCAAUCGAGACACAACUGAACGUGGAUUUUGCGGAAAUUUAUGUCAACUCCUCGCUCUAUCAGAGGAAUCAGGAUCUUAUCAAAGAACUUAGCACUCCAGUGCCAGGCUCAAAGGAUCUCUACUUCCCAUCCAAAUACUCACAACCUUUCCUUGUUCAGUGCCAGGCAUGUUUUUGGAAACAACAUUGGUCUUACUGGAGAAACCCUCGAUAUAAUGCCAUCCGUUUCUUCCUGACAAUAGUCAUAGGGGUUCUGUUUGGUCUCAUCUUUUGGAACGAAGGGCAAAAGACUACCAAACAACAGGAUCUAAUGAAUCUUUUGGGAGCCAUGUAUACUGCAAUAUUUUUCCUUGGUGCAACCAAUACUUCUUCAGUGCAACCCAUUGUUGCAAUUGAAAGAACAGUUUUCUACCGUGAAAGAGCAGCUGGAAUGUAUUCCGCACUGCCUUACGCAUUGGCUCAGGUGGCAAUAGAGGCAAUUUAUGUUACAAUUCAAUCAAUCAUCUACGGUUUUAUCCUUUAUACCAUGAUUGGCUUCGAGUGGAAGGCUGGAAAGUUCUUUUGGUUCAUCUACUUCAUAACAACGGGCUUCAUUUACUUCACAUUGUAUGGGAUGAUGGUUGUUGCAUUGACUCCGAAUCACCAAAUUGCGGCUAUUGUCAUGUCCUUCUUCUUAUCUUUCUGGAACUUGUUCUCUGGUUUUCUCAUUCCCAGGAUUCAAAUACCUAUAUGGUGGAGAUGGUACUACUGGGCUACUCCAGUUGCCUGGACAAUAUAUGGGCUUGUGGCAUCUCAAGUGGGUGACAAGAAUGUUCUUCUGGAAAUACCUGGGGCUGGUAAUGUACCCUUGAAGGUAUAUCUAAAAGAAAGCUUGGGCUUUGAUCAUAAGUUCCUUCCAGCUGUUGCUGUGGCUCAUAUUGGCUGGGUUCUCGUCUUUUUCUUUGUGUUCGCAUAUGGCAUCAAGUUCAUUAACUUCCAAAGGAGAUAAGAUAAAAUAGCUUCUGCACUAAAUGGACUAGUCUUGGUUCUUCAAAUAAAAUAAUCAUUUUUUUUCUUUUCA